GAGGACGAGGCGACCGAGGAGGGGCGGCAGCAGCAGCGUCGGAGGCGGCGGCGGCGGCCCUAGGAGCGGGGACGCGCCUGCGGGGCCCGCGCACGAUGUUCGGGCGGUCGCGCAGCUGGGGCGGCGGAGGCGGCGGCGGGAAGGCCUCGCGCAACAUCCACUCGCUCGAGCACCUCAAGUAUAUGUAUCAUGUUUUGACCAAAAAUACCACUGUGACUGACCACAACCGCAACCUAUUGGUGGAAACCAUUCGAUCGAUAACCGAGAUCCUGAUAUGGGGAGAUCAGAAUGACAGUUCAGUGUUUGACUUUUUCUUGGAGAAAAACAUGUUUGUGUUCUUUCUGAACAUUCUGCGCCAGAAGUCGGGCCGAUACGUCUGUGUGCAGCUUCUGCAGACUUUAAAUAUCCUCUUUGAGAACAUCAGUCACGAAACGUCCCUUUAAGUAUGCUCGUUUCUUUUCAUGCAAAGCAACGUUUUUGUUGAACACAGUUCGCUACAUAAGCUACACGUGUAAUGGAGGUUCUUGUUUUCUGUCCUGGAGGUUACAGGAUUUGAGACAUUUUAAAUGUAUUGGGUACUAAAUGUAUUAAAUUAAUUGGGACUUGGCUUGGUUAAUAUUCUUCAACAUACAGUACACUGCCUUCUUCCGCAGCAUACCAACGAUUUUGCCUUGUACACGGAGGCCAUCAAAUUCUUCAACCACCCAGAGAGCAUGGUCAGGAUUGCAGCGAGAACCAUCACGUUAAACGUCUACAAGGUGUCAUUGGACAACCAGCCGAUGCUGCACUACAUUCGAGACAAGACGGCCGUCCCUUACUUCUCCAACCUUGUCUGGUUCAUCGGCAGCCACGUGAUCGAGCUGGACAACUGCGUCCAAACAGACGAGGAGCACAGAAAUCGGGGCAAGCUGAGUGACCUGGUAGCCGAGCACCUGGAUCACCUCCAUUACCUGAACGACAUCCUGAUUAUCAACUGUGAAUUCUUAAACGAUGUCUUGACGGACCACUUGCUGAACAGCCUCUUCCUGCCUCUCUACGUCUAUUCCUUCGUCAACCAGGAGAAGACUGCAGAACAUUCUCAGAUCCGAGAAGCCGCUUGUGUUUCCAGCGGUGGGAAGUGCCAGAGGAAGGUGGUGGUCUCCUCCUCGCUGUCUGGGGCCGAUGGCAAAAUCCGUCUGGCCACCCUGGAGCUCGGCUGCCUCCUGUUGAAGCAGCUGGUGUUCAACAAACACGGCAGCAUUAUCAAGGAUGUGCACCUUGCUUGUUUGGAAGGGGCAAGAGAAGAAAGCGUUCACCUGGUGCGGCGUUUUUACAAGGGAGAAGAAAUUUUUCUGGAUAUGUUUGAAGAUGAAUAUAGAACUAUGACCCUGAAGCCCAUGAAUGUGGAGUACCUGAUGAUGGAUGCUUCCAUUCUGCUGCCGCCCACGGGAACCCCCCUCACGGGCAUCGACUUCGUUAAGAGGCUCCCCUGUGGCGACGUGGAGAGAACCAGGCGGGCCAUCCGAGUGUUCUUCAUGCUGCGUUCUCUGUCCCUGCACCUCCAGGAUGAGCCAGAGACUCAGUUGCCUCUGACCAGGGAGGAAGACUUAAUUAAGACAGACGACGUCCUUGAUCUGAAUAACAGUGAUCUGAUUGCCUGCACCGUCAUCACCAAGGACAGCGGUCAGGUCCAGAGGUUUCUGGCGGUGGAUAUUUACCAGAUGAGUUUGGUGGAGCCAGAUGUCGGGCGCUUAGGCUGGGGAGUCGUUAAAUUUGCCGGCCUUCUCCAGGACAUGCAGGUGACAGGAGUGGAAGAUGACAGCCGGGCCCUGAAUAUCGUCAUACACAAGCCGGCUUCCAGCCCGCAUUCCAAGCCCUUUCCCAUCCUUCAGGCCACCUUCGUCUUUUCGGAUCACAUACGCUGCAUCAUUGCCAAGCAGCGCCUGGCCAAGGGAAGGAUCCAGGCUCGGCGGAUGAAAAUGCAAAGAAUCGCAGCACUUCUGGACCUGCCCAUCCAGCCAGCCAAUGAAGUGAUGGGCUUUGGACACAGCUCAGCUGCCACAUCACACCUGCCAUUCCGGUUUUAUGAGCAAGCCCGGCGGAGCAGCUGCGACCCAACUGUGCAGCGUUCGGUGUUUGCCUCGGUCGACAAAGUUCCAGGGUUUGCCGUAGCCCAGUGUCUCGACCAGCCCAACCCUUCUUCCUCUUCCUUGUCAUCCCCGUCCUCCAGCAGGAGCACCGGGUGCUGCGACUCCGCUGUGGCCAGCUCCACGUCCACCCACUCCGUGGCACAGAGCCCAUCAGAUGACUCGGUCACGCUGGAGCAGUCUCUGCCCUCCUCCUCCUCCUCCUCCGGUUACCUGUCCGCAGCCGAUCGCUCGCUGCCGCCAGCUGCGAAGCCUGGCAAGAACCCCUCGCGGAGCAAAGCGGAGACGGCCACCUGGUCGCCCAGCCUGAUUCCUGCCCCGCAGCCGACCAUCUCCUUGAUCUCCGAGGACAGCACGGACAGCCUGAGCAUCGAGUCGCUGACCCUGGUGCCCCCCGUGGCUGCGGACAGGAUCCUUGCCGUGGGCGCUGCCCAGUCCCUGCCGGCCGAGUCGGAGGCCUCCGCAGACCCCGAGCAGCAGUCCUAGCCGUCCUUGGCUCAGGCAGAGUCGGAGGGCCGGGGGACCCAUUGCUGGAGCCGGCCCCCCAAUUCCCUGAAACAAUAAACCAGCAUUUCUCGAAGGGAGGAGUCCAUGAGAGGCAGCUGUGGGGCGCUGCCCGUGGGGCCCACUUGGAGGGGGUGGGGACGUUUCGGAAGGAGCUGUCCCACCUGCUGCCAGCAGAAAGUUUCCCUGCAACAAAGCCCCCUACAGGGCCCUUUGGGGUGGGCCUUCACCAAACACUCGGCUCCCUCUGGCCCAAAAGGCCCCUCAAGGACCCCCGGGGGGAUUUGCCCCAUGAAUCUCACACACACACACACACACACACCGUGCACACACGGACACGAUUUGGAUUUGGUCUGGCAGCCCUUGGCAGUUUCCUUGUUCUUGGUUUCUUUCCUUUGAUUAGAGGGCCGGACAGUCCGUGGGGACCCCCCCCCCUGAGCUGCCCCCUCCUCCUCCCAGCACCCUCAGAUGUAAUAGGCCACCUGUGUGUUUUCCCUGUGGAAUAAUUUUAACUUGAAGUUGUACGCACACGUUACUGACACGGAGUGGGGACUUCCUUGCGUGCGCCCGGAGGGGCUUCUCUGGGUGAAGAGACGGAGGAAUGUCGUCAAAGAGUUUUGUGCAAAGGAUUUCAGAGGAAUGUAAAAUAUUUUAGCUUACG